AUGAAUGAUUUAUUAGCCGAUUGUUCGUCACCACCCACAAUCCUACGUUCACCACUCACUGGCUUGUUUUAUUGGAUUAAAAUUUCUGGUCAACCGAACCAAACUAAACAAGUGACAGUUAAAUGUCAAGUAGAUAAUUUGAAUUUAUUGAAUGUGGAUAGAAAAGAUGUUGAUGUUUUAUAUUUUGCAAAUAUUGGAAUUGAAAAUGUGAGAAUUUAUGAUUCCUAUGCGAAAGGUUUUUUACUUUCGAAUGUGAAAAUUGUAAAUUUAAUUUCAGAUUUCACUUCUCUAAAUUUAUUUAUCUUGGAAUAUUCAAAUGUUUAUAUAUUUAAAUUCACAACAAAUUCUAUUCAAUUAUCAAGAAUUGAUAAUUCCAAAAUUCUCUACUUUACAAUGAAUAUUCUAAUUGGAACGAAACAAGAUAAGCUCUACAUUUCGAAUAUUCAAUCAACUCAAUCUUUUAUCAUCAACACAGAACAAUCAUCUUUAUUAUCAUUAUAUAAUUCAAUAUUUGAGGAAACUUUGGCUUUUUUUUCAAUUUCUUUUGCUGAUAAUAUUUUAAUUGAAAAUUGCACAUUUUCAGUGGCAAUGAAGAGUGAUCCAGUUUUUGUGAUUGCAAAUACUGGAUUGGUCAGAGUUUGGAAAAGUAGAAUGCUGAAUGGAGGUAUUUGGUUUUCUAUUAGAAUUAGCACCAAUGUAGAGUUUGAAAGUUGUGAAAUUUCGUCUAGUUCUUCUUUUAGUACUUUGAGUUAUGAUACUGAGUUUCUAAUAACUUAUCAAGCACCUGUCUCAUUAUUUGUAGUGGAUACAUUAAGGGUGAUGAAUAGCAAAUUUGAUUCUAAUAAGGGAGAAAGAGCUUCGACGUUUUACCUUUCGGAUAUCUUGAAAUUUUAUAUUAAGGAAUCGAAUUUCACCAGAGGAUUAGGUUCUCCUAUUUAUAUUGAUUCAAUGGCAAAAGAAACCAAAUUGGUCGUUACCUUAAUUGAAAAUUCUCUAUUUCAAGAUAAUUAUUCUCCAAAUUUGGGAGGAGCUAUUUUCAUUUCAACUACACAGAGUCUAGAAAUUUCCAAUACCAUAUUUAGGAAUAACACAGCAAAGAAAUCUGGUGGAGCAAUCUUCAUCUUAGGUGCAACUGAUUUAUCAUUGACAGGUUCUCUAUUUUAUGGAAAUAGAGUUACCUAUAGUAAUUCUCUGCCAACUGACAAGAUUUAUAUGGGAAAUGGAGGAGCAAUCUUUAUAUUAUCCUCUUUAAGUGUUGAUUCAUUAUCUAUUAAGAAUGCAACCUUUGAAUCCAAUUAUGCUUAUAAUGGAGGAGCUCUCUUUUAUUGGAAAGAGGCAUUGGCAUCGAUUAGAGAUUGUACAUUUAGGAAUAAUAGAGCUCAGAGAGCUGGAGGAGCCAUUUAUCAAUUUCAAAAAGCUGAAACUUCAUUAACAAAUAAUCGUUUUAUUGGAAAUAGAGCUGACAUAUUUGGAGAUGAUUAUUUUUUAUUGGAAAAUUCAUUGAGUCUUAAUAGCUCAAAUUAUGGACAGUUUUACUAUUUAUAUCCAGGACAACAAGUUUUUAUUAGUGCAAUGGCCACUUCUUCAGAGAUGGUAAUACCAGUCAAUGUUGAUAAUAUGUACGUAAAUGUCACUAAUCCAGAUUAUACUUUUAUUGUGAAUCCAACAUUUGAUGGUGUCAAUAUUACAAUGCUUUCUGUUGAAGCAUCCAUCAAGAAGGGAUUAUCCACCAUGUUUAAUAUAACAAUUGGAUGGGCUAAAUAUCCACUCAAGGAAUCAAACUCACUAACCAUUCAAGUUGUUAAUUGUCCAACAGAUACAGAGCUUGUUCUUACAAGUAUUCCAGCGAUUGGAUACUCGUGCAUUCCAAAAGAGAAAGUAUCGUUGGGAUUAAUUUUAGGAAUAGCCAUUCCUUCGAGUAUCCUAUUCUUCAUUUUGGGAAUCAUCUCUUCCACUCUUGUCAUUUACAUUGUAAUGAAAAUUCGUGCAAGACUCAACAAGUUAUCGAGAAAGGAAAGAGCAGAGAAGAGCAUUGCGAGAAAGAUUCUUGAUAAGAGAGUGAUAUUUGGCAAUGCAGAGGAUCCUCUUUCGACCUACUAUACCACCUCGCUCACUUCACCCCUAUUAAGCCAAAAUGAAAUGGAAUUGAAAAUGAAAUCUCGAUUGGAAGCAAUAAUUAUUAACAUUGAGGAUUUGGAAAUUGUAAAAAAGAUAUCAGAAGGUGGACAAGGAGUUGUCUAUAAGGCAAUUUUAUUUAAGGAAACAAGUGUUGCUGUCAAGUCAUUGAAAAAUUUGGCAGAUGAUGAAGAGCUACAAUUGGAAUUUGAGAAGGAAGCUUCAAUUUUAGCAAGUUUACAACAUGCCAAUAUUUUGAAAUUCUACGGAGUGUGUAUCACCGAUGAAACAAGAUACAUGGUCACUGAAUUUUUGGAAAAUGGUUCAUUGGAAAGAUUAAUUUUCAAUUGCAGAAAUGGCAAGACUAAUCUCACAUUCCAACAAAAGAUUCUCCUCCUCCAGGACAUUGCUGCUGGAAUGGAUUAUUUGCAUUCUCUACAACCUGCCAUUAUUCACAGAGAUCUCAAACCAGGAAAUGUCCUUUUAGACGAAGAUUUGAGAUGUAAAAUUUGUGAUUUUGGAUUGAGUAGAAGUGUUGGAAAUUUAACACAAAAUACCAUGACACGUGGAAUUGGAACUUUAUUUUAUGCGAGUCCAGAAUUAAUGAGAAAUGAACAAGAAUUGACAAAUGACAGUUUGGAGAUUUCACACGAGUCGAAAAUUAGUAGGGCGACCAAGAUGGAUGUUUAUUCUUUUGGAAUAAUCAUGUGGGAACUUUUCUUUGAGUUGACUCCUUAUACAGUUUCGUCUAAAGUUGGAGCAAAUGCUAGUUUGGCACCUGUUAAUGUUUUGGGAAUGGUUCUGAAUGGUUAUAGACCUCUUGUUCCUUUCGAAACUAUUGAGGAAUUACAAGAAUGGUUAAAUAUGUAUCCAGUUUCGAAUAUGAAUCCUGUGGCUAUUUUGGAAUACUUUAUACUCGCAAAGCAAUGUUGGAAUCAACAAACAGAUUUAAGACCUUCCUUCUCCAUUAUUAGAUCUGAAUUAUUGAAGAUCCUGUCCACUUGUAACAGCAGGACAACCAAUUAA